UGGCAGAAGCUGAAAAAGGACAGCACGGCACAGAUCGUCCUCAACGCCCUGCUCUCCAGCCUGCCCGAGGCCGGGGCCAGGGUCUGCUUCCUGAAAGGGGGAUAUGAAACCUUUAACUCACAAUAUCCUGAGUGCUGUGUGGAUGGGAAACUCAUUUCCCUGGAGAGGACUGAGGCAGAGAGAAACCUUGCCAGCCACUGUGAGAAGCAGAGCACCAACCACAAACCUGCUUAUGACCAGGGUGGUCCAGUCGAAAUCCUGCCUUUUCUCUACCUUGGUAGUGCCUAUCACGCUUCCAAGUGCGAGUUUCUCGCCAACCUGCACAUCACGGCCCUGCUCAAUGUCUCCAGGAAAAGCUCGGAGUCCUUCAAAGACCAGUAUUGCUACAAAUGGAUCCCAGUGGAGGACAGUCACACAGCAGACAUCAGCUCACACUUCCAGGAAGCCAUCGACUUCAUUGAUUAUGUCAGAAGAACGGGGGGCAAGAUCCUGGUGCACUGCGAAGCAGGGAUUUCACGCUCCCCCACCAUCUGCAUGGCGUAUCUCAUGAAGACGAAGAAGCUCCGCCUGGAGGAAGCCUUCGAUUACAUCAAGCAGCGCCGGAGCCUGAUCUCACCAAACUUUGGUUUCAUGGGCCAGUUGCUACAAUACGAGUCAGAGAUCUUGUCUUCCACCCCCAGCCCCCCUGUUGCCUCAUGCAAAAGAGAAGCUGCGUCUUUCUUUGCGGAAGAGCUGACGUUAGGCAAAGACUUUGAAGGCUCCUGUUUCGCCUUUCCUACCUCAGUGUUGAGUUCUGUGCCCAUCCAUUCUCCUGUCCACCAGCUGAAUCUCAGCCCAAUGACAGCAUCUUCAUCCUGCUGAAACACCCUGGGAG